AUGAGCAAUCCUAGGACAUUCUUUGAUAUUGAAAUCGGUACAGAGAAAGCUGGAAGAAUCGUAUUCGAACUCUUUGCAGACUCUACUCCCAAAACGGCAGAAAACUUCCGAGCCCUUUGUACUGGAGAGAAAGGCUCUACUCGAGAUGGAAUACCAAGGCAUUAUAAAGGCAGUACCUUUCAUCGUGUCAUACCAUCAUUCAUGAUACAAGGUGGAGACUACACCAAGGGUGACGGAACAGGAGGAGAAUCCAUCUUUGGCUCAACUUUUGAAGACGAGAACUUUAAAAGGCGUCACAAUGAACCAUAUCUACUAUCCAUGGCCAACCGGGGUCCUGCAACAAACGGCUCUCAAUUCUUCAUUACUACUGCUGCCACGCCACAUCUCGACAACAAGCACGUUGUCUUCGGUCGAGUGGUGACUGGACAAGAUGUUGUCAAGACAAUUGAAAAUCUGCCUGCCAAAAAUGACAAGCCUUUGGAAAUGGUCGUUAUCGCUCAUUGUGGUGAACUUGAAAGGAAGAAAUCCACCAAACAAGAUGACGAAGACAAGAAGAGUGAUAAAAAGAUCAAGAAACGUCGCGAUUCAUCAUCUGAAAGUGAUUCCAACAGCUCCGAUGAUGGUGACAAGAAGAAGAAGAAAUCUUCCAAAAAGCACAAGAAGAGACAUCAUUCCGAAACUGACGAUGAUAGUGAAGAAGGUGCAAUUAUCAAGCCUAAAAAGGAGAAACGAGAUAAUGGUGACAAGAAAAAUGAACGAGCUGGAAAACCAAGUCUUGAUAUUCCUGAAGAGUUCCUGAAACCCUUGUAUGGUCAUCAUGACUGGCGUCGAAAUCCACAAGACCGAAAAUAUGACAAUGAUUCACGCUCACCACGAGAUUUCCGUGAUGAUCGAAGACGAGAUGAUGAUCGUGAUUUCCGAGGAGGUGAUAAUCGUGGCAGCCCUUAUCAUCGAGCCUAUGAUGAUGCUCGAGGUGAUCGUGGAUAUCAGAAUAGAGGUGGUGGUGGCGGAACAAUGUCUUACAUGCGAGAUGGAGAACGAGCUGAUGAGAAGGGGCGUCAAAUCAAGGGUCGUGGAAGCACUCAAUAUCGACCAUCAUACGUCUCACAGAAGAAGACUGAAGAAUCAUCUGAGAAAGUGACUGCUGGUGAGACAAAAGCGCAAGAAGAAGACACCACUGGACAACCUAACGCACUAGAUGACGUCGAUGAAGAAGUAGUUCAGGCAUAA